ACGAUCAAACCCUUCCGUCUCUUCUGUGUGCCGUGUCAUCGCCCAAAUUCCAAUUAUUAAUCUGCAAUGGCGGAACUCACACCCGAGGCUGUUAAUCUGCUCAGUGAAGGUAUCGCCUUGCUUCUUGGUAGAUGGUAUGCACUUCAGAACGAACCUGAGAAAGCCCAACAACUUACCGUUAAUAUCUAUCAAUGGCUAAUCAGACCUUCUGAGGCAUUAUAUGUUGACGAGUUGGAGGAUUUACUUGAUGAUUUCAUGCUCUCUUUUAAUACGGAUAUUGAUGAUGGUAGCGUUGAGGAGAUAGCAGAUAGCUUAAUGAUCAUGCAUAAAGAAUGUUUGGAAGGUAACUUUGCCUCGAUUGUACGACUCAGGCAACCUGUUCCUACUUUCAAUCAACGCAUACAGGAGCAAGGUGGACAGUUUGGCAACAAGGAUUUAGGUUUGUCGGAUGAUUUUAUUUCAGAUCAUGGAAAAGUAAUAAUCUUCAUCUCAUCCAAAUCUUCACCUGCUGAUGAAGAACCUAAUUUCUGUGUAAUUUGUCAGAUGGAUUUUGAAGAUCAAGAAAGAAUCAGGGUGCUAGAUUGUCACCACGAGUACCAUGUAGAAUGCAUCAGUAAGUGGUUCAAUGUGAAGAGGACUUGCCCGAUUUGCAAAUCCAUAGCACUUUACUAAACAUAGGGUGCUUUCUCUCUCUCUCUUAUAAGUUAUGGUAAUUAUCAGACUAAAAUGUCUAUUGUCGUUUUGGAGGUGAAACUGUUAAUAACCGCCUAAAAGUGGUCUUUUAGUUGGCUUAAUCUCGUCCGGAACCUUUUUGACUAGACCUUUUCAAGCUGCCCGAUUCACUCACCAUGGCUUUUAAUCCAUGGUUUAAGAGAUGCUAUUCUUUCUGUUUUGUUUACACACCUUUAACUAUAAAAUGUGAUUUUACAACGAUUGUGUUUAUAUUCCUUUGAGUCAUUUAUAAAUAGAGUAAACUUCCGUUUUGCUCCCUGUGGUUUGGUCACUUUAACGGUUUUGCUCCAAACCUUUAAAAAUAUCCAUUUUGCUCCCUG